GGGGGGGGGAUCCCUGCCGCGCUGCGGGAGGGGCGGGCUGGGAGGUCUCUAACAAACGUGUCCUGCUUGCCCCAGUUCUUCGAGGAGCUGGCAGAGGAGGAGAAGCAGGUCAGCGAGCAGCAAGUCGCUGUGAAAGAGAAGGAGGAGCAGCAGCAGCAGCAGCAGCAACAGAAAAAGAAGCGAGAUAAGAAGAAAGACAAGAAGAAAAAAGAGGAGGAGGAUGUGGAGGACAACCUGCUGAUCGAGAAGCUGAAGAAGUUGUCGGCUCAGGCCAGUGACGAGGAUGAGGAAGUGGUUGCCCCUGUCAGCAAAGGCAGCAAGAAGAAGAAGGGAGGAAAUGUAUUUGCAGCCCUGAGCCAGGAGCAGAGUGAAGAGGAAGAAGAGGAGGAGGAGGUGCCAAAACCAGCCAAACUUGACAAGAAUCAAAUCAACAAGCAAGAGGACGAAGACAGUAAGAAUAAAAGAAGUAAAAAUGAGAGAAACAAAGGAAAGCAGCAGGGAAAAAGCACGGCCUUUGCUGUUCUGGCCCAGAGUGAGGAGGAGGAGAGUGAAGAAGAGUCCAAACCGGAAGACAAGGCUGGCACGACAGUGACAAAGACAGAAUUAGGCAAUGCUGGGAAGAAAGGAAAAAAGAACCAGCCUGUCCAGAAUAAAUUUGCUGCUCUCGAAGAUGACGAGGAAGAGGAGGAGAUGGCAGAAUAUGAGGAGAAGCCCAAGCAAGGCAGUCAGCCUAUGGUAACUAAACAGACAGAGGUGAGCAACACUGCAAAGAAGCUGAAAGGGAAGAAGAACCAGCCAGUCCAGAAUAAAUUUGCUGCUCUUGAAGAUGAGGAGGAAGAGGAGGAAAUGGAGGAUGAUGAUGAGGAGCCGAAAAAGGACAAGGGGAAGUCCAAGCGAGGCAGCCAGCCUCAUUCGGAAGAGGAGGAGGAGGAGGAAGAGGGGGAGAAGAAGGAGGAUGACCCUUAUGCUCACCUCAGCAAGAAGGAGAAGAAAAAGCUCAAGAAACAGCUGGAGUAUGAGCGCCAGGUGGCAACCCUGAAAGCAGCAAAUGCGGCAGAAAACGACUUCUCAGUGUCGCAGGCAGAGAUGUCCUCACGUCAGGCCAUGCUGGAAAAUGCCUCUGAUAUCAAGCUGGAGAAGUUCAGCAUCUCGGCUCAUGGCAAAGAGCUCUUUGUCAAUGCGGAUCUGUACAUCGUGGCCGGGCGCCGGUAUGGCCUCGUGGGACCCAACGGGAAAGGCAAAACCACCCUGCUGAAGCACAUUGCAAACCGGGCCCUGAGUAUCCCACCCAACAUUGAUGUGCUGCUCUGUGAGCAAGAGGUGGUAGCGGAUGAGACCCCUGCGGUCCAGGCUGUGCUGAAAGCUGACACUAAACGCCUGAAGCUGCUGGAAGAGGAGAAAAAGCUGCAGGCUCUGCUGGAGAAGGGGGAUGACAGUGUGGCUGAGCGGCUGGAGAAGGUCUACGAGGAACUCCGGGCCAUGGGGGCAGCUGCAGCAGAGGCCAAGGCCCGGCGCAUCUUGGCUGGUUUGGGCUUCAACCCUGAGAUGCAGAACCGGCAGACCAAGAAGUUCUCGGGUGGCUGGCGCAUGAGGGUGUCUCUGGCCAGGGCCUUAUUUAUGGAGCCAACUCUUCUGAUGCUUGAUGAGCCCACGAACCACUUGGACCUCAAUGCUGUCAUCUGGCUCAACAACUACCUGCAGACAUGGAAGAAAACCCUCCUCAUUGUCUCCCAUGACCAGGGCUUCCUGGAUGAUGUCUGCACAGACAUCAUUCACCUGGACACUCAGAAGCUCUUCUACUACCGGGGCAACUACAUGACCUUCAAGAAAAUGUACCAGCAGAAACAGAAGGAGCUGCUCAAACAGUAUGAGAAGCAGGAAAAGAAGCUUAAAGACCUUAAGGCCGGUGGAAAGUCCACAAAACAGGCGGAAAAACAGACAAAAGAGGCUUUGACCCGAAAGCAGCAGAAGUGCCGCAAGAAGAACUUGGAUGAGGAGUCCAAUGAGGCCCCUGAGCUGCUGAAGAGGCCCCGGGAGUACACAGUGAAAUUCACCUUCCCCAACCCGCCACCGCUCAGCCCCCCCAUCCUGGGCUUGCACGGUGUUGACUUUACCUAUGAGGGGCAGAAACCACUCUUCAAGAACCUGGAUUUUGGAAUCGACAUGGAGUCCAGAAUCUGUAUCGUGGGUCCCAAUGGUGUUGGGAAGAGUACACUGCUGCUGCUGCUGACGGGCAAGCUCACGCCGACGAAAGGGGAGAUGAGGAAAAACCACAGACUAAAAGUCGGGUUCUUCAACCAGCAGUACGCUGACCAGCUCAACAUGCAGGAGACGGCCACAGAGUACCUGCAGCGCAAUUUCAACCUGCCCUACCAGGAUGCUCGCAAGUGCCUGGGGCGUUUCGGCCUCGAGAGCCACGCUCACACCAUCCAGAUCUGCAAAUUGUCAGGGGGGCAGAAAGCCCGUGUAGUGUUUGCUGAGCUGUCCUGCAGGGAACCCGAUGUGCUCAUCCUGGAUGAACCCACAAAUAAUCUGGACAUUGAGUCAAUUGAUGCCUUGGGUGAUGCCAUCAACGAGUACAAAGGAGCGGUCAUCGUCGUCAGCCACGAUGCACGACUGAUCACAGAGACCAGCUGUCAGCUGUGGGUGGUGGAGGAGCGAUCCGUCAACCAAAUUGAUGGCGAUUUCGAGGACUACAAGCGGGAGGUGCUGGAGGCUUUGGGCGAGGUCAUCAUCAACCGGCCCCGGGAGUGACUUGGCUCUGGGGAGGUGCUGCUCAAGGACCUGCCCAUCCCCUCUCGGAGACCUCCACAGCUCCACGACCACCCACAACGGAAGGACUCUUGCAGAGCUAGCGGGGCCACAGCCACAGGGGUGGGGCCGGACCUUUGAGGAGGGGGAGAUCUAACGUAAGAGGUGUUUAUUUUUAGAGCUGCUCUUCUACACCCACUCCUGUCUCAGGAGAGUGAGAGUUUAAUUUAUAUGAAUGGGAGGGGAGGGGUUUCUACUGGAAUGGUCUAUUUUACGCAGGGGUUGGGGCUGUCUUUGGCCCAUUGCUGGGUUCCUUCCUCCCCUUCCCUCCCCACUCUGGAGAAUGGCUUAAGCCUUGUUCUGCUUCCACCCAAAAGGAUUAUAUUAAAAUAUAAAGGAAAAA